AUGGGAUUAAGGCUACCCAGCCUUUUGAUAUUAUGGCUGGCCCUCUGUUAUGCAAGUGACAUUAAAAGAGGAAGAAAGCCUAAUCACGGCCACUAUGUCUGCAGUACCUGGGGGAACAACCACUUCAAAACUUUUGAUGGUGAUUUCUACCAGUUUCCUGGCCUCUGUAAUUACAACUUUGCUUCUGACUGCCAGGAGUCUUAUAAGGAGUUCUCUGUCCACAUCCAGCGUGAACUGAAUGAUAGAAGGCCUAAUAUCCAGAAUAUUCUAAUCACUAUCAAAGAUGUUGCAAUCUCCCUCACUGGCAAGAUGGUUGUGGUGGAUGGGCAAAUAGCAAAGACACCGUACUAUAGUUCUGGUGUCCUGGUUGAAAAAAAUGAUAUGUACUUCAAGGUCUAUGCCAGAGUGGGUCUGAUUCUAAUGUGGAAUGGCAAUGAUGCUGUGAUGCUUGAGCUUGAUCCCAAGUUUAAUAAUAAGACAUGUGGUCUUUGUGGAGAUUACAAUGGCCAGCCAAUCUACAAUGAAUUUAUCUCCAAUGGCUUAAAUUACAAUCCAAUCACAUUUGGAAAUCUACAGAAGAUUAAUAAGCCGAAUGUAGUAUGUGACGAUCCUGAUGAGACACAAACUAUUGAUCAUUGCAACCAGCAUCGGGAUGAGUGUGAGGCACUGCUGACUGCUCCUGCUUUUGCGGACUGCACGUCCCGCCUGAAUCUGGAACAAUAUAUUCAAGCUUGCAUGCAGGACAGAUGUGCUUGCCGCCACUCUGAGGACUUCUGCCUCUGUAGCACUAUCUCAGAGUACUCACGUCAGUGCUCUCAUUCCGGUGGCAAGCCUCAGAACUGGAGGACAUCACAGUUUUGUCCUAUGACUUGUCAUGGAAAUAUGGUCUAUAUGGAAAGUGGCUCACCCUGUAUGGACUCCUGUUCACAUCUGGAGAUCAGCAGUCUAUGUGAAGAGCACUAUAUGGAUGGAUGCUUUUGCCCUGAAGGUACAGUGUAUGAUGAUAUUACUGGCAAAGGCUGUGUGACAACAAACCAAUGUUACUGCAAGCUGCAUGGGAAGAGAUAUUCCCCAGGACAAACUAUUACUAAUGAGUGUGAACAGUGCACCUGCCAGUCAGGCAGGUGGAUAUGCCAGGAGUUACUCUGCCCUGCUACAUGUGCACUGGAAGGAGGAAGUCACAUUACCACCUUUGAUGGAAAGAAAUACACCUUCCAUGGAGAUUGUUACUAUGUGCUGACCAAGGGCAGUAAAAAUGACUCCCAUGUCCUCUUGGGAGAGCUGGGUCCCUGUGGUUCUACAGGCAAACAGACAUGUCUAAAAACAGUAGUUCUCUUAUUAGACCACAAACAAAAUAUUGUGGUUUUCAAAUCAGAUGGUACUGUAUUACUGAAUGAGAAUGAGGUCCAUUUGCCCCAUGUAUCAGCCAGCUUCUCAGUUUUCCAGCCAUCUUCCUACCAUAUUAUUGUGCAGACAGAUUUUGACUUCAGGCUGCAGAUCCAGUUGGUUCCAAUCAUGCAGCUGUUUGCUGUUGCAGAUCAAUCUGUCAAGGGAAAAGUCCAAGGUCUUUGUGGGAAUUUCAAUGGAAUAGAAGGUGAUGAUUUCAAGACAUCAAGUGGAAUUGUUGAAGCAACAGGGGCUGCCUUUGCUAACACAUGGAAAGCACAAAGUAGCUGUACUGACAGAGUGGAUACAUUGGAACAUCCUUGUACUCUUAACCUUGAAAAUGAAAAGUAUGCUGAAUACUGGUGCUCUUUAUUGAAAAAUUCAGAAAGCCCCUUUGCCAGAUGCCACUCAGCCAUUGACCCAACAAACUAUUAUAAGCGGUGCAAGUAUGAUACCUGCAGCUGCAAUGCCAAUGAAGAAUGCUUGUGUGCAGCCUUAUCAUCUUAUGCCAGAGCCUGUGUCGUUAAAGGAGUCAUGUUGUGGGGAUGGAGAAAUACUGUCUGCAACAAAGAAGUAUCUUCCUGCCCAGCUACUCAGGUCUUCCGUUACAAUCUGACUGCCUGCCAGCAGACCUGCCGUUCACUUUCUGAAGGCGAUAAGCAUUGCUUGCAGGGCUUCAUUCCAAUAGAUGGCUGUGGCUGUCCUGAUAAUACCUAUCUGAAUGACAAGGGCAUCUGUGUGCCAAUUGCUAAGUGUCCAUGUUACUACAAAGGUUCAUUCAUACAACCUGGUGACUAUAUCAUGAAACAGGAGGAGCGCUGCAUUUGCCAACAUGGAAAACUUCAGUGUGUACCAGUGACAAUAACAGACCAUGACUGCUCACCCAACAAGACAUAUUUUGACUGCAACAACUUUGACUCUUGGUCAUCCCAAACACCAAUUCAACUUAGCUGCCAAACACUGGGUACCGAUCAUUUCCAGACAGAGUGUAUCUCAGGGUGUGUGUGCCCCGAUGGAUUGAUUGAUGAUGGCAGAGGAGGAUGUGUUACAGAAGAGCAAUGCCCAUGUAUUCAUAACAAAGAGUUUUAUGCCCCUGGAGAAAAAAUAGAUGUGGACUGCAAUGAAUGUACUUGUCAAAAUGGAAACUGGGCUUGUUCCAAAUUUGUGUGUUUUGGGACAUGCAUCAUUUAUGGAAGUGGCCAUUACAUCACCUUUGAUGGAAAAUACUAUGAUUUUGAUGGAAAAUGUGAAUAUGUAGCCUCCCAGGACUACUGUGGCCAUGGAAAACACCAUGGAUCAUUUAGUGUCAUCACAGAGAAUGUCCCAUGUGGAACCACUGGAGUUACCUGCUCCAAAGCCAUUAAAGUAUUUCUAGGGAGAACUGAGCUUAAAUUGGAAGACAAGCAACAGGUGAUGAUUAUGCGGGACUUUGGUAGCCAUGUGACAUAUUGGACUCAUUCUGCUGGGCUGUACCUAAUUGUUGAAGCUAGCAAUGGUGUUAUGCUCAUUUGGGACAGGAAGACUACUAUUUUCAUCAAGCUGGCUCCAAAAUAUAAAGGUAAAGUUUGUGGUUUAUGUGGUAACUUUGAUGACAAGGCCAAUAAUGACUUCACAACAAGAAGCCAAGUCCAAGUAACUAGUGCACUGGAUUUUGGAAAUUCGUGGAAAAGGGAUAGUGCAUGUCCUGAUGUGACUGUGGACAUUGAGCCCUGUGACCAAAAACCUCAUCGUAAAUCGUGGGCAGAGAAGGAGUGCAGUCUCAUUACAAGUAAAGUUUUUGCAAUAUGUCACUCCAAGGUUACCCCAGAACCAUUUUAUGAUGCUUGUGUACAUGAUGCGUGUGCCUGUGACUCUGGUGGGGAUUGUGAAUGUUUCUGUACUGCGGUCGCUGCCUAUGCACAAGAAUGUAUCAAAGCAGAAGCCUGUGUAUUUUGGAGGACUCCUGAUAUAUGCCCAAUCUUUUGUGACUACUACAAUCCUACGGAUAUAUGUGAAUGGCACUAUGAGCCUUGUGGAAGUGAUGUUCUAACGUGCAAGAUCCUUAACAACAUUAGCACCAACUUUUCAGUUCCAUAUUUGGAAGGUUGCUAUCCUCGAUGUCCUCCCGAGAAGCCUGUCUUCAUUGAAGAGACCAACCGCUGUGAGACUGAGGAUCUUUGUGGUUGCUAUGUUGAUGACAUAUACUAUCCACCUGGCAGUCCAGUACCCACAGAUGAGCCAUGUGAGAAAUGUAUCUGCGUCCAAGCAGGAAGACUGAACUGUAGCCUCAAAAACGACUGCUGUUAUAAUGAUACAGAUUAUGGUAUAGGAGAUACCAUUAUUGCGAAAAAUGGAUCAUUCUGUUACUUUUUAACGUGUAAAGACAAUAACACUAUGGUGCCUUCAAAUCCAUACUUGUGUGAGAGCACAACUUCAGCUCCCAUCACUACCACUUCAAUGACCCCCUCUUCUACUACUACAGCUUUCACCACAACGUCCAUAUCUUCAACAACACAAUGCUAUGAAUACUGCCAAUGGAGUCAAUGGUAUGAUGUUAGUUUUCCCAAAGAUGAGCCAGGUGGUGGUGACUAUGAGACUUAUGAAGCCAUAAGGAAGAAACAUGGAACCAGUUUUUGUUCAGCCCCCCAAAAUAUCGAAUGUAGGGCUAAAGAUUCACCUGAACAAAGUCUGGAAGAACUGGGACAGAAAGUGGAAUGUAAUGUUACUUACGGGUUCAUUUGUAGAAAUGAAGACCAGGAUCAGAGCCUCUGGAGACUUUGCUAUAACUAUGAGAUACGAGUUAACUGUUGUGAUAUAAUUUGUGAAAACACACCUUCCACUACAACUACAACCACAACUACUACUACACCAUCUACCACUACAACCACUACAACCACACCAACUACCACUACAGCAACUACUACUCCUACCCCUACCACAACUACUGCCCCAACCACUUCAGCUUCCUCAACCAUAUGUACUCCCAGUACUGAAAUCUGUGAAUGGUCCAACUGGAUAGAUGUCAGUUUCCCCUCUUAUGGUCCACAAGGUGGUGAUUACGAAACAUAUGACAACAUCAGAGCACACGGGAUAGACAUCUGUACAAACCCUCUGAAUAUAUCUUGCCGAGCAGUAAAAUAUCCUCAUCUCUCCUUCCAAGAGUUGGGCCAAAAAGUGCAAUGUGAUAUUUCGACUGGACUGGUCUGUAACAACAAAGAUCAGGUUCCAGGGCCUGUGGUGCCUGAUAAUGUUUGUCUCAACUAUGAGAUUAACAUAUACUGCUGCAAAAUUAUAUGUGGAUCUUCAACCACAAGCAUCACAACAACAACUACUACUACACCAUCUACUACAACCCCCACCCCAGAACCAACAACCAGCACCACCACCUCACCAUCUACAACAACAACCACCCCAACUCCAACCCCCACCCAGGAAACAACAACCAGCACCACCACCUCCCCAUCUACCACAACCCCCACCCCAGAACCAACAACCAGCACCACCACCUCACCAUCUACAACAACAACCACCCCAACUCCAACCCCCACCCAGGAAACAACAACCAGCACCACCACCUCACCAUCUACAACAACAACCACCCCAACUCCAACCCCCACCCAGGAAACAACAACCAGCACCACCACCUCCCCAACUACCACAACAACAACCCCAGAACCAACAACCAGCACCACCACCUCUCCAUCUACCACAACAACCACCUCAGCUCCAACAACUACUUCCACCACUUCAGGAUCAACCACAGCAGGAACAACAAUACCAUGUACAACUGAGGAACCAGAACCACCAUGGACACUAGAGACAACAACAGUCCAGACCACUACAACCACCCUGGGAACAACCACCCCCACAAAGCAUCCCAGUACCACUGAGACUGAGCCAACAACUACAACCACCACCACUUCCACUCAGACACCAAGUACAACUACAGCACCUCCUACCCCCACCCCAACUGAAACCACAACCACAACACUGCCCACAACCACAUCUACAGAGGCACCCACCACAACCACAUCCACAACCACCACUUCUACUCAGACACCAAGUACAACUACAGCACCUCCUACCCCCACCCCAACUGAAACCACAACACUGCCCACAACCACACCUACAGAGGCACCCACCACAACCACAUCCACAACCACCACUUCUACUCAGACACCAAGUACAACUACAGCACCUCCUACCCCCACCCCAACUGAAACCACAACACUGCCCACAACCACACCUACAGAGACACCCACCACAACCACAUCCACAACCACCACUUCUACUCAGACACCAAGUACAACUACAGCACCUCCUACCCCCACCCCAACUGAAACCAAGGCACCCACCACAACCACAUCCACAACCACCACUUCUACUCAGACACCAAGUACAACUACAGCACCUCCUACCCCCACCCCAACUGAAACCACAACCACAACACUGCCCACAACCACACCUACAGAGGCACCCACCACAACCACAUCCACAACCACCACUUCUACUCAGACACCAAGUACAACUACAGCACCUCCUACCCCCACCCCAACUGAAACCACAACACUGCCCACAACCACACCUACAGAGACACCCACCACAACCACAUCCACAACCACCACUUCUACUCAGACACCAAGUACAACUACAGCACCUCCUACCCCCACCCCAACUGAAACCACAACACUGCCCACAACCACACCUACAGAGACACCCACCACAACCACAUCCACAACCACCACUUCUACUCAGACACCAAGUACAACUACAGCACCUCCUACCCCCACCCCAACUGAAACCACAACACUGCCCACAACCACAUCUACAGAGGCACCCACUACAACCACAUCCACAACCACCACUUCUACUCAGACACCAAGUACAACUACGGGCGCCUCCUGCCCCGCCCCAGCUGGAGCCGCAGCACUGCCAGCACAGCCACGCCUGCAGAGGCACCCACCACAGCCAUAUCCACCAGCCACCGCUUCUGCUCGGACACCAGAAGGUGCAGCUACGGCACCUCCUGCCCCCACCCCAACUGAAACCACAACACUGCCCACAACCACGUCUGCAGAGGCGCCGCUGCAACCACAUCCCACAGCCACCACUUCUGCUCGGACACCAAGUACCCAGCUACGGCACCUCCUACCCCCACCCCAGCUGAAACCUGGCACUGCCCGCAGCCACGUCGCCAGCGGCACCCACUACAACCACAUCCACAACCACCGCUUCUACUCAGACACCAAGUACAGCCUGGCGCAUCCUACUGCCCCACCCCAGCUGGAGACCACAGCACUGCCCACAACCACGCCUACUGGGGCACCCACCCACAGCCAUAUCCACAACCACCGCUUCUGCUCCGGACACCCAGGAAACCACGAAGCACAACACUGCCACCACGAAAGCCACACCUACAGAGGCUGCCACCACAGCCACAUCCACAAUACCGCUUCUGCUCAGACACCAGAAUUACAACUACAGCACCUCCUACCCCGCAGCUGGAACCACAACCACAACCCGAUUUCUUCCACACCUACAGAGGCACCCACCACAUCCACAACCACCACCUCUACUCAGACACCAAGUACAACUACAGCACCUCCUACCCCCACCCCAACUGAAACCACAACACUGCCCACAACCACACAUAUUACAACAACAACAACGGGUACCUCUACACAAUGCCACUGUGAAUAUAAUGAAAUAACAUAUGAGCCAGGUCAAGAUAUUGAAACAGGCGGUCAUGGAGAUACUUGUUUUCUUGCGAACUGCUCCAUGCAGUGUGAGAUAGAGUUUUUCUAUUGGGAUUGUCCCACAUCUACAAGCCCAGCAAUUUCAACAACUAGCACAGCAAGCACAACACUGCCAACUACAAGUACAGUGCAGUCAACAAGUACAGUGAUACCAUCUACAACCAUAAUAAGCACCACAAAUGCCCCAACAACACAUCAUCCAGAACCAUGUUUAAAUGGAACUGUCCAGCCUGGUGACUCUUGGUGGAUAUGUGAGUGUACCCAGGCCAUAUGCCUUGACAACAAUACAGUUGUGGUGGUUCCUGUCAAGUGCGAACCACCACCUCAGCCCGAAUGCUCCAAUGGGCUUACCCCUGUGCGAGUGAUGGAUGACAAUGGAUGCUGUUGGCACUGGGAAUGUGAUUGCUACUGCACUGGCUGGGGAGACCCUCAUUAUAAGACAUUUGAUGGCUGGUACUACAGUUACCAAGGCAAUUGUACCUAUACCCUGGUUGAAGAGAUUAACAAGCAUAUAGACAAUUUUGGGGUCUAUAUAGACAACUACCAUUGUGAUCCGCGGGAACCAGUCUCCUGUCCACGCACUCUCAUUGUGAGGCAUGAGACCCAGGAAGUGCGCAUAACAACAGUCAGAUUGGUCCCUAUGAAAGUACAGGUGCUUGUAAAUGGACAGACAGUGGCUCUACCUUACACAAAAUAUGGUUUGAAAGUUUUUGAGUCAGGUGUAAAUCAAGUGGUGGAGAUUCCAGAACUUAAGAUGAAUGUGACCUACAAUGGAAUGGCCUUCACAAUUAGACUGCCCUAUCAGAUAUUUGGCAAUAAUACCCAGGGACAAUGUGGCACAUGCACCAACAACCAAACAGAUGACUGUAGGUUGCCCAAUGGAACACUUGCCUCUACUUGUGAAGUAAUGGCAGAUAACUGGAUUGUUAAUGAUCCAUCAAAGCCCCAAUGCGUUCCACUCCUCCAACCUUCAGGACCACCAACAACCCCACCUUUGGGUCCCUGUAAACCUUCUCCUCUCUGUGAACUCCUAAAAGAAAGUGUAUUCAAGACAUGCCACGAAGCUGUUGAUUACCAAAACUACUAUUCAGCUUGCUUAUUUGAUAGCUGCCGCAUUCCUGACCGUAACAUAGAAUGCGCAACUCUUCAGAUCUAUGCAGCAACCUGUGCAGAUCAAGGUGUCUGCAUUGACUGGAGAAAGGACACCAACAAUUCAUGUAGUGUCCAGUGCCCAUCUAACAAAAUUUACAAGGCAUGUGGUCCUUCUGAAGAGGAGACUUGUAAAUCAGGUAACUUAACAAGAGUUAACGAGACACAAGUGGAAGGUUGUUUCUGCCCUGAAGGGACAAAACUUUAUGACGCUGGUGUGGAUGUCUGUGUAAAAACCUGUGGUUGUGUUGGACCAGAUAAUAUACCAAGGAAGUUUGGAGAGAUCUUUCAGUUUGACUGCAAGGACUGUGUCUGCCUGGAAGGAGGCAGUGGUAUUAUUUGUGAGAACCAUAAAUGCCCUGCAAACCAAAAUGAAGCACAGUGUGAAGGAGAAGGAUUCCAUGAGAUCUCUGAAGUCAACCCUGAUGACAAAUGCUGCUCUAAAACGACUUGUGUUUGUAAUGUCAGUGAAUGCACAACCAGACCGCCUCCAUGUAUGCUAGGGUUUGAAGUUGUCUCUCAUACUCCCCCAGACCGCUGCUGUCCUGUUUAUCAAUGCGCUCCUAAGGGAGUUUGUGUGGAUAAUGGUGCUGAAUACAAGCCUGGUUCAAAAGUCUUACGGGGCAAGUGUGAGGACUGUAUAUGUACACACGAAUGGAACAACAGUACUAAUUUGAAAGUUAUCAGGUGUGACCACAUUCCAUGCAUCAAGUCAUGUGAACAAGGAUAUUCUCUAAGGUGGCAUUCUGAUGAAUGCUGCAAAGAAUGUGUGCAAACAAGCUGCGUUAUACAAGCAACUGAUGGUGUUUUCACUUUAGAAUCUGGUGACCGCCGGCAUGAUCCAAACAACAACUGCACUAUUUAUUCCUGUAUGACCAUCAACGGACAGUUGAUCUCCUCCACUUCCACAAUUAACUGUCCAAACUUUAUAGAGACUGAAUGCCAGCCUAAUACUGUUUCUUUAAUGCCCAAUGGCUGCUGUAAAAAAUGCGUUCCGAAGGAACCACAACCACCAUCCUCGUGUGCUCUAAUUGAAACAAAGGACUAUAUCAGAUACAAUGGCUGCAGUUCUAUAGAGCAGAUCUCUGUGCCUCAGUGUGAAGGAACAUGUCGAACUUUCUCACUGUACUCUGCCGAAGCUGAGUCAAUAGAGCACAGGUGUACUUGCUGCCAGGAAGAAAGGACAACCAGAAAGGCAGUCACUCUGACAUGCCCCGAUGGAAGAAACCAGACACACUUCUACCUCCAUGUGGACAGUUGUACAUGUCUCAGCACAGAUUGCAAUAAGGCAUCCUCAUCAGAACAGACUGCUGUGAAGCGUCGUAGGAGACAAUUAACAAUAAAGUGAAGAAUGGGAAUGUAACAGGCAAAUGAGCAGGUUAAAUGGACAGGGGACACAAAAGUAUCAUUUCCACAAAUAAUUCAGCAUUUUGCCUUAUUUUUCAGUCUUCUUCAUUUGUGUCCUCUUUGACUAUUUUCCAUUGUGCUGGCUUUAUUUAUUUGUGUAAAAAGAUAGGAUAAGAAGAUUUUCCUUCAUAAAGUGUAAAAAGGAUUUUUAUGAGCUGGCACAUUUUGAAUCAGCCUCUUUGCUUACAAUAAUUAAACACAUCUCAACAAUGUGA